UCAAUUUUGCACUGUUAUUAGGAGACGAUCUAAUUGUAAAAAAAUGGAGGAAAAAGUAGUGAUAGUUACUGGAUCAAAUAGAGGUAUAGGAAAGGAAACGGCGAGACGAUUGGCAGCUAAAGGCGCGAAGGUUAUCUUGGCUUGCCGAGAUUUGAAAGGGGCCAAUUCCGCGCGAUUUGAAAUAAUCGAAAGCACGAAGAACCAAAGGGUGGAGGUGAUGAAGCUGGACCUGGCAUCGUUACAGUCCGUCAGAGAUUUUGUCAAAGAAUUCAACCACAGCAAUGACAGACUCGACGUCUUGAUAAAUAACGCGGCGGCAGUUGGCCUGGAGAACCGACAAACGGCAGACGGAUUGCAGCAGGAGUUGCAAAUCAACCACUUUGGGCCUUUUCUCCUGACGAUUUUGCUCUUAGAUGUUUUGAAACAGUCGGCCCCGAGCCGAGUGGUCAUGGUGUCAUCUCGCUGGCACAGGAAUGGCAAAAUCGAUCUGGACAACGUCAACUACGAAAACAACUUCCCGGGUUUCAAGAGGUGCUACCAGGACGCUAAACUGGCCAAUGUCCUGUUUUCCAAUGAGCUCGCCAAAAGGCUUUCGGGCACAGGGGUAACGUGUAACAGUUUGCACCCAGGAGUGAUAAACACUGACAUCAGGAAGCGGCUGCCAAAACUGAUCAAUUUCUUCUUCUGCCUGCUCUACAGACACUUAACAAAGACAUUAGAGGAAGGCGCAGAUACAAGCGUGUAUUUGGCUUCGUCGCCAGAAGUGCAGAACGUGAGCGGAAAAUUCUUCUUCGAAUGCAAAUUGACGGAGAUGGGAAAAAACGCCAAAGAUGAAAAUCUCGCUGCUAAGUAUUUCGACGAAUGCAUCCAUCUAGUGAUGCUCACGCCACCGGAGUUGACCGCUCUCUCAUCAUAAGUGAAACAAGACAUUCCAUCAAAAAUCCAAAUUACAAGUAAUGCUGGUGUAGCAUAACUUUUAAAUAGGAAAUUUAUACUGCAACAAAUCCUGAAAAAUGCUGGUUGGCAAUGCGUGAACUCGUCCCUAAUAAGGUUUCAGUUGAAGCCAAAAUUUACCUAAGUAGCAGUGCAAAUUUGUAAGAAAAGUGGCUUUUUCAAAUGGUGAGGACUGUCUCCCUACUUGGAAUUUUUUUUCACAACAAAGAGUUUCCCUGAAAGGUUUCAUACGCUGUUGAAUAGAUCUCAACCAGAGGAAUCGAAACCUGCCAAAAAUGUGGUCAUGCGCUGUUUGAAAAAUAAAAAAUGUUUUGAAAAAUUCGAAUUUCCAUAUCAACAGCCGUAAAUUCUUGAUAAAAUAUCUUGCUCAUCUACCUUCCUAAAUUCAUUAAUGGGAUUAGCGUAUGCAACACGCAUGACUUUCGCGUCUUACAGGGUGCAUAUAC